AUGGAUCUUCAUUUCAAAAAUGAUGGAACUUUGGAUAUGCGAUAUAGUUCAUCAAGAAUGGCAGCGUCAUCUGGAUUUGGCAUGGGUUUUUCUGGAUAUGGUGGAGGUGCAAGCUAUUCACCCGUCUCUUAUGGAGCAAGUGCUGUUCCCGGACUUCAUUGCAAGAAAGAUGGAAGUUUGGAUAUGCGAUAUAAUUCUUCAAGGGUUGCUUCUUCUUCUGUUCACUCGAAUCAUAUAAGUCAACCACCUAGUUCAUCUGUACUUCAUUAUAAGAAAGAUAAUACUUUGGAUAUGAGAUACAGCUCUUCAAAGGCAGCUGCUUCCUCUUUCCCUUCAAGUUAUACUAAUCGAGCACCUAGUUCAUCUGGACUUCAUUAUAAGAAAGAUGGUACUCUGGAUAUGCGAUAUAGCUCUUCGAAGAUUGCUGCUUCCUCUGCCCAAUCAAAUCAUACUAAUCGACCACCUAUUUCAUCCGGACUCCAUUAUAAGAAAGAUGGUACUUUGGAUAUGAGAUACAGCUCUUCAAAAGCUGCUGCUUCCUCUGCCCAGUCAAGUUAUACUAAUCGACCACCUAGUUCAUCUGGACUUCAUUAUAAGAAAGAUGGUAGUUUGGAUAUGCGAUAUUCGUCUUCUAAAAAUGCUAUGACCAAUUAUAAAUCUGGAUGCGCAUUUUCCGAUCAUGGAAUACCAGAAAAUAUUCCUCUGACCAAAGCGGGUAUUCCAGAUAUGAGAACAGCAGCUGCUAAAGAAUGGGUUAGAGAGCAAGCUCAAAAUGGCAUGGAAGAUAUUCCUUCAUGGAUACCUAGAACUAAAGAUGGUUCUCUUGAUGUUUCAAAACCAAUAACACAAGAAUACUUAAAAUGGAAGGAUACACCAUCAACAAAUUAUGAUCCCGAUCAGCGAUUAGCAUAUUAUUAUCAAAAACUGGAAAACUUAUUCUUUCGAGCUCUUGUGGAAAGCGCUAGAGAGGCUGAUGUUGAGAUUCCUGAAUAUGAAAUAUUACCUGAAACAGAAGAAAUUCAACGUGAAUUUUGUUCUCCAACAAGUAGAUAUUUUAAUAGACAAGAUGAUGACUACGAUAUACCUAGUCAAAUUUCAGAAUCAGUUCAAGCUAUUGAUUAUCAUGAUUUGAACAUUGAUCGAGAUGACAAAUUAGGUCAAGGUUCAUUUGGUGUUGUAUAUAAAGCAACAUGGAAUAAUCAAACUGUCGCAGUAAAAGAAUUACAUUUACAAAAAUUAACCAGAAGAGAAAAGAGGUCAUUCGUGAAAGAAAUUACAAUUAUGUCAACUUUAGGUGAACAUCCAAAUUUAGUCUAUUUGUAUGGUUAUACAUUAGAGCCUCUUUGUCUCGUUAUGGAAUAUGUUGAAUUAGGUUCGUUGAAUUAUUUACUUCAUUAUUGUGAAGAUGCAGAAAUAGAAGCAAGAAUAACAGAUGGAAGAAUAAAGAAAAAACUUAUUCUUGGAACUGUUCUCGGAAUGAUUCAAUUACAUGCUGUCAAUAUUGUUCAUGGAGAUUUAAAACCUCAAAAUGUUUUAGUAUCAAAAGAUUAUACAGCUAAAGUGACAGAUUUUGGACUAGCAACACUUCGGGGCAAAACGUCAAGUUCUAUUGCUUCUUCACUUAUGCCUGAAGAUGGAUUAGCAGUUUGCGGUACUGCAGGUUAUAUGGCUCCUGAACUUUUAAAUAGUUCAAAGUCACCAGAAUAUUCUAGUGAUAUAUAUUCAUUUGGCGUGAUGUUCAACGAAGUUAUACAAGAAGAAGAACCAUAUACAGAUCAAUUUCUAAACUUUUUAGGACGGGGACCAUUUGCUGCUGCAAAUUAUACUCGAUUAGGUAAUCGACCAAGAAUAAAUUCAAAAACUCCAAACUUCUUGAAAAGUUUAAUCGAACGAUGUUGGCAUGCGGAGCCUCAACGUCGGCCAUCCUUUGAACAAAUUUUUAAGGAUCUAAAACCAUCUCAUGUUAAAUUUCCGAACUCUUUUGAAUUAUAA